GUUGGCUGGCAUAAAACUGUUGAGGGAGUGAUCAGCUGGUUGGUCCGCCAACCAAUCAGGGGCAAAACAGCUCCUCCAUCCCGACCGCGAGGCACGUCCCGAGACCCCCCAAAACUCACGCGAUGCAACAUCCCCAACCCUUCGACCGGCACCGUUUGGCAGAUCGCUGCACCUCAGUUUAUACGACCGUGUCCCGUGCAGACGGUUCAUGCGGAGCGAUCCCGGAUCUCAGAUCGGCCAUGUCGAACAAGUGCCGUCUCUGCGUUGCAUCGCGUCUUUGCAACUCGGACGUCCCAUACGGGGAGUAUCCCAUCUCGCGGCGUUCUCGUAAAGCCUCUCGAAACGGGCUGUCCAUGAUAUCUCACCUCCCGGACGCCACGGGACCAGGUUUGGGGUUGUAUUGGUCCGAUGGACCGUUGAGCGGAGUUAACACCAUCGACCGCCGAAUUGGCAUGAUCACCUCGCAGAUACUAGGUCCGUCACAGCUCAAGCUACACCGGAACGCGAGUUCUGCAUCCUGCACAAAUUUAGCCCUGCAUCCGGCCCUCGUCGUCCCUCUUGGCCCUGCAUCCCCGUGCCCCGGCCUUACAUGUUACUGGUCACGGACGAUAACGCCGACCCGUACUCCCUCAGCUAGAGGGCCCAUAACUGCAAAGCAACGUCCCCCCACGCGAUUACCCUUAUGUCGCACGGACGAGCUCUGCCGGUUGCGGAGACCUAUGCUUUGGCUUAGCGCUCAAAGCUUGAAUCACACCUUCCUCUCGCGGGAUUCGGGGCAUCAAAUGCUUGUUCGCCUCCAUCAACAAAUCGAUCAUCAGUACUGAUAGUAUGAGCUUUGGGUUCAUUUCACUGUUAUUAUGACAUACCCAAAGGACUCGUGCUGGUCACGGUUGCCUUGAACACAACAUGGUUCAGCCCAUCUACCAAUUCGUGGCAACGUUUGAUGAAA